CCUAGGUAGCUCAUUACUAUAAGCAACCUACACGUCUCAAGACCGAAGGGGCCAUCAAGCAGCUUUCACUUAUCACUGACCUUUCUCCAGAACAGGAUUUGUUAUUCGGACAGUCGCUCAGCUAUCGAACUAGCUACUAAUUUGCAAAUCCUUGCCGGAGCUCCGUUCUGGAACCCUCGUAUUAUCCGUCUAUCAUUCAUUCUAACAUGGCGUCGUGUCCUCAUAUUCAUUCCCAAGACCUUCAACCGCCGUCCACUUCACAAGUUGUAUACCGUGAAGAUUGUACACAAUGCUUUGACUCAAUUGAUAGUGAGUCUGGUCUCAAUGUUUGCCUUUCCUGCUUCAAUGGUGGUUGUGCCGGGUCUGGGAAUCAUGCACAACUGCACUUUAAACGCUUCGGCCACCCACUAGCGCUUAACAUCAGAAGAACUCGAAAAAAGGUACAGCGGGAUGAGCCUCCACAGAAGAUUUCGAAGCUGGCAAUUGCCGCGGAGACCGAUGACGACCGCUAUGACACAAGCACGCGCAUUAUCUGCUAUUCCUGCUAUCAGGAUAAUAUUGAUCCAGCAAGUGACAACAUUGCCUUUGUUAUUGAAGGUGUUAUGAAGGCUACAACCUUCUCGAAGAGGGAAGAAAUCAAGGCAUGGGAGCAGGAGUUCGUUCCUUGUGAUCAUACCCUGACUUUGAUUCAGCAGAAGCGGGAAACCGUUGAAUCGAAAGACCUGAGCCAGUGUUCAAUGUGUGAUUUAAAAGAAAAUCUGUGGCUUUGUUUGGAAUGCGGGAAUAUCGGUUGCGGACGCAGCCAGUUUGGGGGUAUCGGCGGCAAUUCACAUGCUCUUGCACAUUAUGAUUUAGCAUCUCAUGCCAUUGCGGUCAAGUUGGGCUCAAUAACCGCGGAUGGUUCAGCGGAUAUCUAUUGUUAUAAGUGCAACGAGGAGAGAACCGACCCUAAUCUGGCCACGCAUCUUGCUCAUUGGGGAAUUAAUCUAGCGGGCCGUGAGAAGACAGAGAAAAGCCUGAUGGAGAUGCAGGUUGAGCAGAAUUUAAAAUGGGAUUUUUCAAUGACCUCGGAAGACGGCCACGAACUCCCUCCUAUUUUUGGACCAGGGUUGACUGGUUUGUCCAAUCUGGGAAAUAGCUGCUACCUGUCAAGUGUUGUUCAGUGCCUCUUUGAUAUACCGGAUUUCCAACAGAGGUAUUAUCUUCCCGGCGAUGAACCACCAUUCUCCGAGUUUCCGGCUGCGGAUCUCGAAACACAGUUGCGAAAAUUGGCCGACGGCACCCUCUCUGGCCGCUACUCUCGGCCUGACGAGAACGCUGUAGCCGCCACGGAUAAAACAAGGGUUCCGCAUCAAAAGGGCUUAGCGCCGGCGAUGUUCAAGUACCUCAUCGGCCGUGAUCAUGCGGAAUUUUCAACAAUGAGGCAACAGGAUGCGUUUGAGUUCCUACUACAUGUCUUCAAGCAUAUCAACCUGUCUAGGCAUGCAGCGGGAGCGACUAAUCCAGUGGAGUCUUUCAGAUUCUGUAUGGAGCAGCGCCUCCAAUGCCUACAGUGUAAAAAGGUUCGCUAUAAGACCGAUGAGCAAGAUAAUAUCUCGAUGCCUGUUCCUGCCCACCGACUAGCAGGAUCGAGCGGGCUUAGCCCUCUGGGCCCGUUUGCACCGGUAACUCUUUUUGACUGCCUGGAUGCGUUUACGGCCGAGGAAACAGUUGACCUUCGUUGCCCCUCCUGCGAUAGCCAGGAAAAGUUCUCAAAGCGAUCCUCUUUCAAAACGCUACCUGCACAUCUGGUAGUGAAUGCUCGCCGGUUCGAGUUGAUCAACUGGGUACCCACCAAACUAGAUAUUCCUGUGGAGGUGAACGACGAUCCUCUUGAUCUGAGUCAAUAUCUUUCUCCCACUCCCAGCGGGCAGGAGGAGCUGCUCCCCGAGGACAAGUCUUCCGAGAGCGCCUGGGAGGCUAAUCAGGAGAUCUUGAAUCAACUCCUUAGCAUGGGUUUUCCUCAAGUAAGGUGUGAAAAGGCUCUUUGUUUCACGGGAAACUCGGAUGCUGAGGCAGCGAUGAACUGGCUUUUAUCUCACAUGGAUGACCCUGAUAUUGAUGAACCCAUCAAUGUAAAGCAACGCACUGGGACUGCUAGUAAUUUGCCGCAAGACCCAGCGAAAUUGAUCCAGAUGUCCGAGAUGGGUAUCGAUGAGCCCCGGGCAAGGAGAGCAUUGGCCGCGACGGAUGGUGAUGUCAGCCGGGCUAUUGAUUGGGUUUUUAGCCAUCCAGAUGAUGUAGAUGUGAGUACCGAAGAGCAGCAGCCAGGUGGGGAUGGACAAAUUCCUGGAGCCGAUGAUACUCCCGCAAGAUAUCAAUUAAGGUCAAUUAUUUGCCAUAAAGGCGCUUCAGUACAUGCUGGGCAUUAUGUUGCAUUUGUGCGAAAGGAGAUUCCUGGGAAACCGGGUCUAUCGUGGGUGAUGUUCAAUGAUGAAAAGGUUGUCGAAGUUAAUGAUAUACAUGAGAUGAAAAAAUUCGCCUAUUUGUAUUUUUUCUCACGGGUGUGAAUGGGCAUGUUUUACAGUCAUCGCCAUGUGUGCCUAGCCAUAUGAAAAGGCAAUAGAUCAAUAGCUAAACUAAUAUAUCGAAAAUAGCUAAUUAACUCUUGUGUUGAAAAG